AAGUUUCACACACAAGACAAGAAUUUGAUAAGAUCAAAUUUCACACUUCCCAAUUCGUACAAAAAAAACACCGAUCAAAACCUUCUCCAUACGCUAUCGAAGCUUCUUUCUUAGAUAGAGAUCAAAUCAAAUCCAAAGAUAAUAUAAAUAAAUAAAUAAAUUCAUCUGCUCUCGUUUUUUGAUUGCGAAAUCAUGGAGCCAAAUUCAUACGCAAAUCAACGAAUCGCAAGAAUCUCCAGCCACCUCAAUCCUCCCAAUCUCAAGAUGAAUGAACAUGGUGAUGGUUCUUCUUUGACAAGUUUCCAUUGCCGUGCAAAAGGUGCAUCACCUGGUUUCAAAGUUGCAAUUUUGGGUGCUGCUGGUGGCAUAGGUCAACCUCUUUCUAUGUUGAUGAAGAUCAAUCCUUUGGUUUCAGUUCUUCAUCUUUAUGAUGUUGUUAAUACUCCUGGUGUUACUUCUGAUAUCAGUCAUAUGGAUACUGCUGCUGUUGUUCGAGGAUUUUUGGGGCAAAAUCAGCUUGAGGAUGCACUUACAGGUAUGGAUUUGGUAAUCAUUCCUGCCGGUGUUCCCCGUAAACCUGGAAUGACAAGAGAUGAUCUCUUCAAUAUAAAUGCCGGAAUCGUUAAAACACUCUGUGAAGCAAUUGCGAAGCGAUGUCCUAAGGCGAUUGUCAACGUGAUAAGUAAUCCGGUUAACUCCACUGUCCCUAUUGCGGCUGAAGUUUUCAAAAGAGCCGGUACUUAUGAUCCCAAGAGACUUUUGGGAGUGACGAUGCUUGAUGUGGUUAGGGCCAAUACGUUUGUGGCUGAAGUUCUUGGUCUUGAUCCAAGGGAUGUGGAUGUCCCAGUUGUCGGAGGACAUGCCGGAAUCACCAUUUUACCUCUUCUUUCUCAGGUUAAACCACAUUCCUCUUUCACCACAAAGGAAAUUGAGUACUUGACGGAUCGCAUACAAAACGGUGGAACUGAAGUUGUUGAGGCCAAAGCUGGAGCUGGCUCUGCAACACUAUCAAUGGCAUACGCUGCUGUUAAAUUUGCAGAUGCAUGUCUUCGUGCAUUGAAAGGAGAGGCCGAUGUCAUUCAAUGCGCAUAUGUUGAUUCACAGGUGACUGAACUCCCAUUCUUUGCAUCAAAAGUACGACUUGGCCGUGACGGAGUUGAGGAAUUUCUUCCUCUUGGUCCCUUAAGUGAUUAUGAGAGGGCAAGUUUGGAAAAGGCGAAGAAAGAGUUAGCAACAAGCGUGGAGAAGGGCGUUGCUUUCAUCAGAAAAUGAGUUGAUAGCACAUCCUGAAAAUAAGUGGUGAGAUUGAGCCCUAUCAGCUGUGAGAUCAAAAUUUUUAAAUUAGUUAUAUCUCUUUAGAACUACGUAAUAAAAGGAUUAUAUUCAGCCUUCCAAAAAAAAAAAAAAGGAUUGUAUUCAGUGUUCAAUGUAUAAUCAAAUUUUUUAAUAUAGUUCUUGGUUUUAUUAAAAAAAAAAAGUAUUAUCAAAAUUCAAAUAGAGAAAGUGUGCUGGAAAAGUGUAAUUCAUUCUUUUAACUUUGAAUCCAUAGAUCUUCAAUUUUUAAA